CUUGCUGGGAGCUUUCCCAGCCAGAGGCGCGGCGUCCCGCCCAUUUCGCAUUUUCCUGCACACACCGCUGGUGGCCCGCGCUGGCUGGGCUGCCCCUGAAGCCCUUUCUGCUUUGCCCUACAGUGACAGCGACAUGGGUGUCCCCCCGGUCCCGGAGGCUGGUGGUCGGAGUUGGGGACCUGCACUACUUGCUUUCUUCCUGGUUGCCUCCCGAGGUCUGGUGGCUGCCUUCAAGGUCGCCACACCAUAUUCCUUGUACGUGUGUCCCGAGGGGCAGAACGUCACUCUCACCUGCAGACUCUUGGGCCCCAUGGUCAAAGCACAAGACGUGAUGUACUACAAGACGUGGUACCGCACCUCACGGGGCGAGAUGCAGAUCUGCUCAGUGCGCUGGCCCAUCCGCAACCUCACCUUCCAGGACCUUCAUGUGCACCACGAAGCCCACCGGAGUGGCAGCAGCAGCCAGGUCUUGGCCCAGCACCAUGGGCUGGAGUCAGUCUCUGACCACCAUGGCAACUUCUCCAUCAUCAUGCACAACCUGACCCUGAUGGACAGUGGUCUCUACUGCUGCUUGGUGGUGGAGCUCAGGCACCACCACUCAGAGCAGAGGGUCCACGGUGCCAUAGAGCUGCGGGUACAGCCAGGCAAAGAAGCAUCAUCCAAGUGCAUCGCACACCCACCCUCCCCCAGAGACAGUGAAAAUAUCACAGCUGCAGCCGUGGCCACGGGGGCCUGCAUCGUGGGGAUCCUCUGCCUUCCCCUCAUCCUGCUCCUGGUCUACAAGCAAAGGCAGGUGGCCUCUAACCGCCGUGCCCAGGAGUUGGUGCGAAUGGACAGCGGCAACAUUCAAGGAAUUGAAAACCCUGGCUACGAGGUCUCUCCACCUGCCCAGGGGAUGCCGGAGACCAAACCCAGGCCUCCCUUGUCCUAUGUGGCCCAACGGCAGCCUUCUGAGUCCGGGCGGCACCUACUCUCAGAGCCAAACACUCCUCUAUCUCCACAGGGCCCGGGUGAUGUCUUCUUCCCAUCCCUGGAACCUGUCCCUGACUCCCCAAACUCUGAGGUCAUCUAGACCAACUGGGUUAGUUGGCAAUUGUGGCUGGGCCUGGGCCCGAUGCUUUCGACUCAAGGCCGGCCUUGUGAGUGAGCCCCGUGGCCUUGGCUCUGGUUUCUUCCCUUCUGCUUUGAUCCAAGACUCCGAGAUACCCCUGGUGGCUAGAACCUCAACCUAUCUGGAUGCUGCAUGGAGCAGGCGGCUGCAUCGCUUGGCCCUUGUCUCAAGGAUGGUGGGGUGCUGGGAUUCUACUCCAGAGAUGUGACAUUCACCAGCUACAGAUGCCAAAUGAUCCACAACCUAGGAGUCUCAGGAUUUCCAGCUGUGUACAGAGUCUUUCCCUGGGACUUGCGACUUGGGACCAACAGCACAGAUGGGUCUAGAUGGGCACUGGACAGAGCCCCUCCAAGUGCCACCCCAGUGCCACCCUCCCAGGCAUGAGACACAGGAUGGGAUGUGAAGAGACUCCUCCCCACUGCGGUGGACCCAACUUCCUUAUCUCGCCUGCGGCUGCUCAUUUGUUAAAAUUCACUCUUUGUAACUAUGGUUCUGGGCUGGGCCUCCCUGGCCCCUGACAUGGAAGCCUCCCCCAACGACGCCUACCAGCAACCUCUCCAAGGAACUGUCAACAGGUGGAACAAAUCAAGGCUCCCAUUACCUGCAUUCUGGUCCCCAGAAUUCAUUGACAGGCAGCCCCAGAACCAGAAGUACAUACUUGGGUACAGUAGCCACUGUGAGCCAACCGGAAUUUUGGGCAACUGAGUCCAGGCUGGAGGUUGCACUACCCACCACUCAUGGGGCAGGGGGAGGGAGCUGCUUGAAGAGGAGUACACAACCGCCUUCUUCAGCCCUCCUCAGCCGCCACUCCCACUGCUCAGCUGGGUCAGUAGAGAAGGCGACCACGUAAUGCACUGUCUGAAUUGUGACACUUCUGAGAGGGGGGAGCGGAUGCUAUUAAAAAUGACAGGGGCACCAGGAAGACCCUAUGAAUGGGUUAAGAGCUGAAUUUCUACUCCUACUGAUUCGGAGGUACCUGAGGCCACAACUCCAAUCUCUGGAGUUCCAUUCAAUGUGCGCUGAGCCUUUACCACAGAGUGACCUUGUCAGGUGGGAGGAGUGGCUGUGUCCACUGUGCUCUCAACCCUUUACUCCUGUCUCCUGACAGACUUGUUGCUAUAUAUGUGUAUGGAAAUUUCAAUUAAAGGGCUUAAAUGUGUGGAGAGUGGAGGGUCUCAUGUACACACUGGGGUGGAGGCAGGGAAGGCGGUGUCUGAGGGGGAGGGGUGUGUUUGAGCUGGGCCAGAGCCUUGGGCAUGCU